GCACAUUGCAUUUAGAAUUUUUGCAAUCGCUGUUCUAUUCAUACAAUUUUCGGGUGUUGGAAUAUCUGUUAACAGUACAAUGAAUGUGUAUCUAUUGAGAAAAUUCAAAGACAAUGACUGUGAUCUGAAUGAUUCCACAUUUGCUAAUACUACCAGGUCCAGAGUGGGCAACAAAUGCUCAAUUAUUAAUUCAGAAACUGCCAGUUUAAUAACAUCCAUUUUUAAUCUCAUGAAUCUUUUUGCUUGUUUUACUGGUGGCUUCUUUUCUGAUUUACUAGCCAAACGUUUUAGUUUAUCUGGCAGGCUAAUGAUUCAUUUACUUUUUCUCGCCAUGCAUGGUAGUUUGAUGAUCUUAUUUGGCCAUAUGGAGAAUCUCCCCAUUGCAAUUGCUGUUCUUAUUCUCUGGAGUUUUUGCUAUCAGAAUACUCAAGGUACAAACUUUGGACUGGAACCAUUUAUCUGGCCAAAGCGAGUGGGAUUGGUCAGUGGUAUUAUAGCGAUGGGAGCGACAUCUGGCAGCAUCUGUUGGAAUCUUCUCUGGCGUUAUAGUCUUGAUAACAUGUCAAGGUACUACACAAUUGUGGGCUCAGUUGCAUUAUGUUCAUCCCUGCUAACAAUAUUAGUGUUCGUUGGGGGAUAUAACAUGUUGGAUCCAUGUCUCAACAAGGGAAUGUUCCGUGAGGAGAAUAUUGUAAAAGAACUCAAGGAUAAUAUUCAUGAAACGAGAUGUGACAAACAUGUGCAUGAUUUUACAAAACUUUGACAGGAUGUUCUGAGUCAAGCGAGAUCCUGAAAAAAUGUUGGUUCAUCGACAAUAAAAAGGAAUAAAAUCUCAGAACAUAAGUUUGAUUGCUUAUAGCUACAUGCAGUUUUACAUACAAAAUAGACAAAUGAAUUAAUGAAUGAAAUAGCAACCAAGGUGUAGCAAAUCUAAGAGGGGGAGGAACCCCAGGGUUCAAAGAUGACGUAUGUCUAUAAUGUAAAUCUCAAUUGAGAUGACCCACUGUCCUGAUUGGUUCAAAUCCACAAACAAAAAUGGUGGAUUCAAAAUUUUCUAAUAACGCUUCGAAUCGCGAAUAAUAUCAUGUUAAAUUUUGGCUUGUCAACCAAUAUCAUAGUAGACAGGUUCCAAUUUCAGAAUAUCUCAAGGGAAAGGGUUUUUGAGGCAUUUUUUAGAAAAAGCAACAGACCUAUUUCUUCUGGAUCAGUUUUUCAUGCUGAUAAAGAUAUUAAAAGAUGACAGCUCAACGGGGUGGUCACGACAAUGAAUUUUAGCGUUUUUACCCCCCUAGGAAAAUAUUCUAGGGGGUACUAUGCAACUAGUUCAUAAC